UUUUUCCGCCCACUUCUUAGUCCUUCUAAUUCCCAAAUUUUUCGAUAAAUUUUUUCCCCUUCGAUCUAAUUUAUCGAUUAAAUUAACAAGGGGAUGUGAUAAUUUGUUCAUAGUUCGACGUGAUUUUUCAGUGUGAUUUUUUUCUAGGGUUUUUUCUUUUUUUUCUUUUGUGGGGAAAUUAGUGGGGGUUUGAGAUUAUGAAAGGGGGGAGAAAGAAUUUGAGGAGGGCGUGCGAAGAGAGCGCUUUAUCUCUACAACAAGGUCAGAGUAUUAUGCGGGUCGAAUCGCUCAGGGGUUCCAAUGUUAUUGAGGUUAUGGAUGGUAAAGGUGUAAAGUCUCUAGCCAUAUUUCCAGCCAAAUUUCAGAGGAGCUUUUGGAUUAAAAGAGGAAGUUUCGUGGUGGUAGAUGAAAGUGGGAGAGAGCAAGCUUUGGAAUCGGGCAGCAAGAUAGCAUGCAUGGUUUCUCAAGUUCUCUUUCACGACCAAGUUCGAACUCUCGAAAAAUCUCCGGAAUGGCCUGCUAUCUUUAGAACUAGUACUGUUGAUGAUUCAAAGGCGCAUAUACAACAGCCGGCAUCAGAUGGUGAAGAGCUAUCGAACUCCGAUGAAGAGGAUGGUCUUCCUCCCCUUGAAGCCAACAUGAACCGAAAUAGACCUGUUGAACUCCACUCAGAUUCUGAUCAUAGCCAUUCUGAUUCUGAUGCUGAUUCGGAGGGUGCUUUUAAUGCUUAAAACAAACAUUAAAUAGCUCUCUUUUGUUCUCGAGUCGCAAUUUGCGAAAUUCGGGAAAUAGGAUCAGCUUUUCAUGCUGAUGAACUAGAACAUAUGAAUACCAACCUAUUAUCGGAAUGAGGUAACAGUUUCUGUUGAAUUUUUGGAAACAUCUCAUGAGUGUUGUGAAUCUUUGUAUCAAUGUUGGCAAAAUGUCUACAAGUAUUUCUUCA